AUGGCGCAGCGUCCCCUCACGCUUACAGAGGAGCUUGAGAAGCUCGAGCAAUCCAUCACGUUGACCCUCCAGGAAAUCGACCACAACUUCAGUCAAGCCCAUCACAUUGUCACCACCAGUAUUCUCCCCCUCGUCGAACAAUACGCGGAGAGUUCCCGUGACGUCUGGGAGGGCGCAAAGUUCUGGAAGCAAUUCUUCGAGGCCAGUGCCAACGUCUCCCUCUCGGGCUACGAAGAAAAGCCCACCGGUGACACCACCCUGCAAGAAAAUACCGCUCUCUCCGCGGAAGAAGACCCAACUGCUUCCGAAAGCGUCGCGGACGAAAGCCACCACGAACUCCACCGAGGCGACGACCUCGAACUCACCUCCCUCAGUCUCUCCUCCCACAGCACGCCCCGCGUUCCCGCCCAUCACAAUCCCUAUAACAACGAUGAUACAACCAUAGCCUCCAUCGAACACCCCUCCCCCGAUACACGCUUCCAGCACGAUGACAUGGACGACGACGACGAAGACGACCCAUACCUGCCCACCACUCCGGCCAAAUACUCUACCUCCAGAACCCAUCAAUACACUGACGAGUACUCCCAUGAUCAAUCCCACACGCCCAUGUCCUCAUCGCCAUUCAUCCCUCCAGCCGAAAAUCCAAUCAUGCAUCAGAUGCCCGACAAAACAUACCGCGUGCAAGCCACCCCGCUUGGAAAGGGAUACGGAUACGAGGCGCGGCCCAAGUUCACCGUUACACCGAAGACGAAAACCAAGUAUGCGUACGAUGACUCCCCGAUCUCCAGUCCCGAGCCGGAGGCGCCGCAACUGCAUGCGGAGAUCUUUUCAUCACCUAUGAAGGGCGCGGAGACGCCGAAUACAGGUCGCAGAAGGAGACCGAGCGCAAAUCACCUUCGCAUUACCCCGAAGCCUGGAUUGAGUGUGCUGACACCUGCGCGGGGCGGUGGCGCGAGACGAUCGGCAUGGGAUAGCGAUGAUGAUUUUGAUGACGGGGAUGAGGAUUUGGGCCCGAGCCCCCCGAAGACGAUGCAGUUCCAUAUUCCGCAAAGCCGGUUGAUGAAGACUCCUGCCAAGGAAGCGUCAAAGCGCAUCGUAGAAGACCUCCUCUUCACCGCCGGCGCCAACGAUACGACAGAUGACCUGCCGGACGAGCAAAGCCCCAGUGUCAUCCGACGGGUUGAGAGACUCGAAGACGAGACUUUCUAG